AUGUCGAAGACCGGGAUUCCGACUGCGCGGUUCUUGCCCGGAGUGCUGGAGAUCGGACAGGCUGGUGCGUGGGUCGAUUGCAAGGCCGUGACGGUUCUCAAGCGGUUCGAUUCAGCUUCGAGACCUUGGCUCUGCAAGCUGCAUCCUUUCCGAGGCCAAGAGCGACCCCAUUUCAUUCUCAAGCCGGAGGAUCUGGGUCUCUUGGAGAUAGCUUCGAGAUUCAACUUGAUGUGGGAGGCGGAGAAUGUGCAGUGUUGUGGCGGAGCAGUGUACGUUAAAUGCAGGACGAAGCUGCAGCGUUGA